CCUCUCUCUCCCUGACAUCAUCCCUAUCGCUGCUGAAGCCCUUUUCCUCUCUGCCUUUCCCACACUCUCCACCUUCUCCCUACCUGGCUCCUUCCUUGUCUCUGUCCUCUUCUGCGUCCUUGCUGUCCCCACCCUGGCUCCUUCCCCCAGCGAGCGGCUCGCUUUCCUUUCCAGGCUUGCGCUCUGCAGCCGCGGGAGCGGCCGCGCGAAGUCGGAGGAACUGGUGCUGAGGCAGCGGUUCGCGCGGGAUCCGGACUCGGGGACGCAAACCCGCGCGGAGCUGGGACAGGGGGCCGCGCUCGCCCGCCGGGCGCCCUCCUGCCCGCGAUGGGCUGCUCCAGCAGCGCCCUCAACAAGGCCGGCGACGGCAGCAGGCCCCGCAGCGAAGAAAGUGAGUCCUGCUUUGUCCAACCAAAACCACGUACACUGGGAAGAGAAUCUACUUUAUUUGGCAAGGUACAAGAGGAAAGCCUUCCUCAACUAGAAAAGCUCAAGAUUUCAGCCGUGUCUACAGCUAAUGGUGUGAAAUCCCUCCAUGAACAGCCCCUGGCAAAGGAUGCUGCAAACCCACCAGGAUCCACAGAGGAAACUCAGCCUCUUAAGGGACUGAAGGAGUCUGGGUCACCUCAGCCAGGUGGCAAAGAUGAUACUCCAGGAGCAGGAGAAAAGAAGAAGGACGUGGAAGCCGUGACAGAGGCUCAGCCUUUUAAAGGAAACGCUGAGACCGAAGCUUUAGGAGCAGAAGCCAAGAGUCAACCUUUGAGGACAGCGGGAGAGAGGGACUCUCCUGGAGCAGUGGAAGGUACUGAGAAUCCACAAGCUGCCGGAGAGAUGACACCCCUAGGAACAGCUGAGAAAAUUCCACCUCUGGAAGCAGCUAGAGAGCCACAAUCUCAAGAAGCUAUGGGGACGGAUGAACAGUCCCAACUUCCAGAUACAGUUCCCAAGGAGAUGGAAUCUCCAGAAAUAUUGGAUGGAAGUCAGCUUGUGGAAACAGCUGUCAAGGAUGAUUCGCUCCAUAAAACUCCUGAAGGUCCAGGAAACAUGGAGCAGAUCCAACCUGAAAGAAUAGUUGGAAACAUGGAACAUCCAGCAGGAAUUCUAGAGACAGGGGCAAAUGUGGAAACGGUCAGGAAUAUUCAUGCUAACGAAGAGGACCAACACGUUGAAGGUGAAACAGGAGAAAAGGUUGAAACAGAGAUGGAGAAUGAGAAAGUAAGUGAAGGGGCUGAAACAAAAGAAGAAGAAACAGGAGAAGCUGUGGAUCUUUCAGCAGCCCCGUAGAUAGGUAUGGUGAUGGAAGGGUGAAUGGACACAGCGUAUCAUAACAGAGAAGCCAGAAAGCAGCAGUGAAGUUUGUGGUUACAGAUCUUUCAACAUCGACAUGUUUUAUACAAGGAGUGUGGUUAUCAUGUUCUUGAUUACAUUGUUCCAUAAAACUGCUAAGCUGUGAACAGUUUUUCUAGCUACUUACAAUUCAAAACUACAAAAAAAAAAAAAAGAAAGAAAAAGAAAACUACAGUAGCCAGAGCCAAUACCAACUAGGGUAUAUGUUCGUUGAAGAGUGUGAGGGUGUUUUCUUCACUGUGGCAAUGGGUCCAUUCAGUGUAGAAAAUGAGACCGUAAAAGAAAGUAUAAACCUUUAAGUAUAGGUGGCUGGAGAAAGGAGUUAGCAGAUUUUAGGGAGCUCAUGAUAAUAAAGUCAUACAGUUGGAAUUAGGAUAGAGUAAGAAUGAUGAACAAUAACCGGUCAAACUAUACCAGUAUUUCUUUCCUAUCACAGAAUUUAGAGCUGGUGGGAACCUGGGAAAGUAUGUCAUCUAAUUACCUUCUCACCUUAAGUCUAUCUACUACCAUACAUCCUUAUUGAUCAUGGUGUAUUAAAUAUGGUAACAAAAUUCUUCUUAAAGGAAUGCAGACUCUGGUGCUGUUAUAAGAUUAGGCAUUUUCACAAUGAAAGGUUAUACAUGUUUUAUGUGCCAUUUUGAAUUGUCUAGUGAUUUUAUACUUAUGUGAGGUGUUUUAAUUGGUGUUAUCCUUUUGACUGACAUCAAAGGUAUUUUAAAUUAACUAACUUUUAAAUAUAUUUCAGAGGCAACAAACAGCAAGAAUUAAAACCUAGAUUUGUUGCCUAUGUGGAAUCUAUUCCUUGGGCCCUAUUUUAUUUUUUUUAAGAUUACUCUGAUUUAAUAUUAGGCUUUAGAUGUGGAAAAGAGCUGAAAAAUCAAGAUUUAAAAACCAUUUAUAAUGUUCUAUUUGUGUUAAAAUGAUACACCACAGAAAGUCACUUUUCAAGUAUUCCUCCAAAGUUGCCAAGGGAUUUUGGUAAAUGAUGAUAUGUGAAUAAUAAUAAUGAUAGCAACCUUGUCCACCAAUGAGUGCCUUGUGUUUAUGAAUAUCAGGAUAGAAUUAUAUUCUGGAAACAUUUUAUAUCUUUAUGUUAUUUGUAAAUAUGUAGUUUAAAGAUAACUGCUCAGAUGAAUUAACUAGACUAUUUUACUUUAGCUUCUAUAUUAAACUGACUAUUAAGAUGAUGUAAUUAAUUUUAAGAACAUAAGAUAGAGGGAAGAAUUAUCAUCCUUACUCUGAUUUUAAUGUUAGUUUAUGUUUCUGACUUUAAAGAGGUGAGGUAGCUAACAAGAGGAGUUACUUGAGUAGAUGACUUCAUCCUUCCUGCAAAGUAAAGAAGCUGGGUUGUGAUUUUAUUGAGAACAGGGAUUGUUUUAUGUGUCUUUGAAUUCAUGCAUUUAGCUCUUUUAAUGGGACAUGAUAGGUGCUUGAUAAGUAUUUGUCGAAACAAUAAAUGAAUAAUAAAUACCAAGUGUUCCCAUUUACACUUAAUUCAUUAAAAAAGAAUAUAGAAUUCUUUAUAUAUUGAAUUUGAAAUAUGAAUUUGUGUGACACUAAUGUUUUCAUUCCGAAGCUGCUCAAGCUUAGUAAGACUAUAUAUUUAGUGUAGUUCCAAAAAUAGUAAUAAUUUGGGGUCAGAAAGUUACAUAACUCAGAACUGCUAUAACAUCUUUCAAGCUACAUUUUGUAAUCCAAAGGUGUUUUUUCUGACCCAAAGGUAUUUUUAUAUAGAUAUCUAGUAAAUAGAAAAUGUCAGAGCUUAGUGUAAAAUAUGAUCACCUUAAAAAGUGAUUGUACUUUGUAUCAAGUACUGAAAUAGUAGGAUUCAUUUACUUAAUAGGCAUAAAGGUCCAUUCUCCAUUGUGUGGAUUUUUAAAAAAAUCUCUAACAUAUGUUAAAGAGAUCUCUAUUCAGAGCUCAUUCUUGAAAGAAGUCUUUCUC